AUGUUUCCAUGUGCAUCAGAUUCUAAAGAUAGAUCACAUAUAGGAAAUGAUUUAUCUGAUAAUGAAACUUGGCUAAGAAGUUCAACCUAUUGUGAACAGAAACCAUCGAGUUAUCAUAUUCAUGUUAUAGAUAGAGUAAAUAAUAAUGGAAAAGAACUUGAAAAAACUAUCAAUAAACGGUUACAUUCUCAUAAAAGAUAUGAUCUCAUGAAAAAGAAGCCGAAAAUUACACCAAAUGCUAGAAUUGAUAAGUCAUGUAAUAAAGAGAUUUAUAGACAUGAAUGUAUUUAUGAUAAGCAUAUACCACAAUUUAAAAUGAAGAACAAAACAAACAUGUUGGGAUUUAAAGAUUUGUACCUGUGUGAUCUUUUGGGCACUGAAAGAAAGCGUAAAUCUGGAGUUACCAAGAAAUUCCGAUACUUUAGUAAAUCAAGUAGAGCAGUAAUUCAAGCUCCUACUGUUUCUAUUGAAUCGUACGAAGCAAGUCAUGAUAUGCUAUCCGAUUUAAUUCCUUUACCAGAUGGAAUUACUGUUGCAUGUAAGCCAACAGUUGAAUUGAAAAACAAUGUAAUAUUGAGUCUCUGUGAAGAACUUAAUCGUCGUGUUUAUGAUCGACCGAAUGAUUUAGUUUCAUGGUUAAAUCUAAUCGAUAUGCAGGACAAAGGAGCUUCCUUCCUUCAUAUAACAGGGAAUAAUGUUGACCAGAAACAGAUAUGUAAUGAUUUCAAGCUUUCAAAGAGUGAUUGGUUAGUUAUACUUCGUAAACAGCUUUCAAUAGCUGAUCGAGCACUUACAGCCAACCCUGGUAAUUUAACUCUGAAAUUACUUAUCAUUAAACUGAAUGACUUGGUGGCUGAGCUUGAAGUUCAUGGAGCAUUGGAGUCCACAUCAGGUAAAGACGUCUAUCAAGCAGAUCAAAUUAAUCGAGAUUGGGCACAAUUUGUAUUCACUUAUCCUCAAGUUGUCUCAAUUUGGCGAGGUUACACAGCUCAUCUCAUGGGUCGGCAUUCAUCACUAACCACUGUAAAUCAAGGUGUUGGGAAUGGAAUAUUUUCUCGUAUCGAUGGUGUAUAUAAAAGAGGACUGUCAACACUCUCUGGUAUAAUAUCUGGUAGAAUUUUAUCGCAUCGAGCACAACCAGAUACUGUUGAGCGAACAAUCGAUUUCCUAGCUGAUUACUGUCACUGGUUAGCCCAAGCAGAACUUGAAAAAUCUUCAUUUGAUCAACGUAUUCUGGAAAUGGAGUUGUAUUGGUCAAGUGGUGUAGCUAGAUUCGGUCAACCUGGUUCUCAACAUUGGAAUGGUUGGUAUAAAACUCGAAAUAGACGACAAGAAAAAUUGAAAUCAAAUGAAUCACAAUCAUCUAAAACCAUAGCUAGUACAUGUGAAGAUGCAUUGAUCAAUUGUUCCGGUGAAGGUAUUCCUGAUGAAUCGUAUGAAAAGACAGGUCCAGAUGUUGUCCCAUCUAUUUUAUCAUCUGAAGUUGCUGCUGAUCAAUGGGACAUGGUUCAUUUGGAAGGAAGAAGUCGAGCUAUUUUAUAUCGUCGUGGUAAAGCUUGGGUUGGUUUAGAACGUGCACGUGAAGCAGUUGGUUGGUUACCUUCAGAUGUAUUGAAUAUACAAGAUCAAAAGGCUAUUGAAGAUGAAGAUCCUGAUAGAUUAGUUCUAUUCGAUGAUGUGAAACCAUGCUUAAUAGAUUUAUGGAAAUAUGAAGAAAAGCCUACAGUCGAUACUUCUCAGUGUCAAACGCGUAAAGCAUUACUUCAACAACGUUUAUUCUUGUUAUGCUUAGAAUUCCUUGGUGCAUAUGAUCGUGAAGUGGCCAAGACUUAUAACUUCCCCACGGAUAUACGUCUUGUACAUGAUUUAUCUUCUGUUGGAACUGUUCAACGUCAAGGUUUAACACCAUUUCCAUCUGAAUCAUGGAUAUCAAGUAAUUCAGAAAUAUCAAAUCAACAAAAUGAUAUUAAUCAUAAAAAUGAACAAUUGAAUACACCUUCACAGUUGGCUAAUGAACAUCAAGAUGUUUGGUCUCAAGCUCAUCGUUGUUUUAUUGAUUCAGCAAUUGUUCAAAUGAAUGAUUUACCAUUUUUUGCAUCUGAACGUCUUUCAAAUGCAAUUCAAACACAUUUAGCUAAUGUUAAGACUGCAAUAUCUAUUUGGCGUAAUUGUGGUCGAACAAUUAUAUCUGAGGGUAGAAAUCAACGUGAUUUAAAUUUAUGGCGAGCUUAUGCAAGAGGUUUUUGGCAAAUUAGUCAAGAUUUACUCGCUACUGCUACAAGUCAAGAUGCUGAAAUUCCAAUUCAAGAGUCAAGGCGUAUAUUUGAUUCUGCUUUAAGCAUGAAAUUACCAUUAUCCUUAGUGAAUGCAUCCUCUUGUCAUGGUUUACUUCCACCGUUAUUCUUGGCUUCUUUAAUACAUAAAUUGAACUAUUUAAGACAAAAUGUAGCGAAAUUAGCUGCUCAGUCAAUAAUUAUUGAACAAACAUUGAACAAUGUAACACGUACAAAUACACGACAACAACUAAUUACAAAUUUAUCUGAUAGUAUAAUUGGUGAAGAAGUGAACAGUUGUAUUGGUUAUCAAUUAGAAUUAUCCUCUGUUUGUCUACCAAGUGUUUUGGAUUUAUUUCAGUUGAGCUUAGAAUUGGAACGAUGGACAAGUUUAAUUGCUGGUGUAUCUUGUGAAUAUGGUCAAGAAAGAACAUCGAUUAGUGACCAACGAGUACGUAAUGCAUUUGAGAAAGCUGUGCAAACUAGUCCAUUUAUUACGCCUAUUCUAUCUCCUGAAGGAGGUUUAAUUCAUGUGGCUUUAGCUGCUAGUACACCAUCAUUUUGGUCUGCACAUUUACGAUUAGUUAUAUGGAGAGCUUAUAUGGCAUUCGGUUGGAUGGCUGGUCCACCACACAUAUCAAAUCCAUCUUCUUCCGUUGCUGCUUCAGUCAUUACAAAUAAUUUAGAUCCUCGUCAACGUCGUCAAGCUGUGAAGGCUGUGUUUUAUCGUGCUAUUGAAGAUGUUCCAUGGGCCAAAGUUCUUUAUACAGAUCUAGUACGUUAUUGUCCAGAGGAUGUUGAAGAAGUAGUUGAACGUGAACGUGAAUUACGACUAAGAACACCAUUAGAAGAAGUUGAUUUAUUGUUGACUUCUAAACCUCAUGAUUAA